AUGGCGCUGGAAGGAUCCAGCAGUUAUGUUGCUCCCAACAACCUUACGGAGCCCGCAGACGACUCCCUCCCCAUCUUCGACGUGCAACGAGUGCAGCUACAGUUCCAGAUCGCCGCGGACUUCGUGGCAGCCCAAGUCGCCAACAAUGUCCUAGUGCUAGCCCUUUCUACAAACCGAAUUCUUCGGAUCGAUCUAGACACCCCUGAGGAUAUUGAUGAUAUCGACCUCCCUAAGAAGUCCUCGGAGACCGGUCUCAUCCGGCGCAUAUUUCUCGAUCCCUCUGCGUCUCACCUGAUUAUCAGCACCACUCUCGGCGAGAACUACUACCUCCACACCCAGUCGCGACAGCCCAAGGCCUUGUCCCGAUUAAAGGGUGUAUCCAUCGAAAGUGUUGCCUGGAACCCCUCUCUGCCGACUGCCUCUACGCGUGAAAUCUUACUAGGUGCCACCGAUGGCAAUGUCUAUGAGACCUACAUCGAGCCGUCUACGGAGUUCUAUCGACGCGAGGAGAAAUAUGUCACUGCGGUUUACAAAGUGCCGGAAGCUUCCCCAGUGACUGGAAUCUCUGUUGAACCUGUCCCCUCAAAGCCCGAGCAAAGGCGAAUUCUUCUCGCGACAUACGGGAAGUUGACGCACUUCUUAGGUCGCACGGGAUCUGCGAAGCACGGGCGCGAAGGCGGCGGGUCUAUAUAUACAGAUCUGUUUCAACGCGAAACGCCAUCGACGCAUGAUGUUUCGAAUCCCUCUGCCUCUGCGCCUUCUUCGCUGGUUGUUUCCUCGUCCUCCUCAUCUGGAACUCCUGCCGAGGGGUAUACCGAAAAGGAGUUUGCAUGGCUUAGCUCACAGGGUAUCUACCAUGGCCAGCUUGCAUCCUCAGCCCCAUUUGAAAAGGCCAAAAUGAUUUCCCGAUCGAAGUUUCCUGCCUCCCAAUCUGCCCGGGGUGGUAAGAAGCUAAUACAGGAUCCUAUUUCUGCUGUGACCUUGUCCCAAUGGCAUGUGUUGGCACUUGUCGAGGGUAGAGUGGUUGCCGUCAAUCGCCUCAAUGGGGAGAUUGUGUACGAUGAGGCUGUUCUGGAGCCUAGACAAAGUGCCUUGGGUCUUCUGACUGAUCUGACACAAAACACUUACUGGCUCUUCACCGGCCAAGAAAUCUUCGAGGUUGUAGCCAACGACGAAGAUAGGGACGUGUGGAAAGUUCUUCUGAAGGAGACGAAGUUCGACGAGGCACUUCAUUUUGCCAAGAGCCAGGCUCAGAGAGACGCUAUCUUGACUGCAUCGGGCGAUUUCCUGGCCGGAGAAGGCAAUUUCCUCGAAGCCGCCAAAGUAUGGGGCAAGAGCAGCAAGGGAUUUGAGGAGGUGUGCUUGACCAUGGUGGACAACAAGGAACACGAUGCCCUGAGAAAAUACUUGCUUUCGCAACUAUCGAUGUACAAGAAAGCAUCUAUCAUGCAGAGAUUGAUGGUAGCCAGUUGGCUUGUGGAACUUUUUAUGUCAAAGUUGAAUUCUUUGGAUGAUGAUAUUGCUACGAAGGCAGAAUUGAUUGAAGGUGUUACCCCUGGGGAGAUUCAGGAUCAACUCGGCAGUGUCCGAAAGGAGUUCCAGGAAUUCGUGAAGAACUACAAAUCAGACCUGGACAAAAAGACCGCCUACGACAUCAUUAGCAGCCAUGGGCGAGAAGAAGAGCUGCUCUUCUUUGCAACCGCUGCCAACGACCAUAACUACGUUUUAACAUAUUGGAUUCAAAGAGAAAAGUGGUCGGAGGCUCUCAACGUCCUACAACGGCAAAGCGAGCCUGAUGUCUUUUACAAGUAUAGCAGUGUGCUCAUGACGCAUACUGCUACCGGUUUAAUAGAGAUCCUCAUGCGGCAAACGAAUCUCGACCCCGAGAAGCUCAUCCCCGCCCUAUUGAAUUACAACAAGACGACCAAUGUCUCCCUCAGCCAGAAUCAGGCAGUUCGCUACCUGAAUUACAUCAUCAUCAACCAUCCUAAGCCAUCCGCAGCUGUGCACAACACGCUCAUCUCAAUUCAUGCCUCGAGUCCAUCUUCCUCUGAAGGUGGACUUCUCACAUAUCUCCAGACACAGCCAUCUUCACCACCUCCCUACGACGCAGACUUUGCCCUCCGACUCUGUAUUCAGCACAAGCGAGUCCAGUCAUGCAUUCAUAUCUACAGCGCUAUGGGCCAGUACCUGCAGGCAGUAGAGCUGGCUUUGGACCACAACGACAUCGAUCUUGCAGCCAUCGUUGCGGACCGCCCUGAAGGCAACAACAAGCUCCGCAAGAAACUGUGGCUACUGGUAGCCGAGAAAAAGAUCCGACAGCCAGGGACAGGUAUCAAAGAUGCAAUGGCAUUUCUGGGCCGCUGUGAACUUCUUCGCAUCGAGGAUCUCAUCCCCUUUUUCCCUGACUUCGUUGUCAUUGACGACUUCAAAGAUGAAAUCUGCGCUGCCUUGGAAGAAUAUUCGCGCCACAUUGAUGAAUUACGCCGAGAGAUGGAUAACUCAGCACAGACGGCCCGGAAAAUUCGCAAUGAGAUUUCCGACCUAGAUUCCCGUUACGCAAUCGUGGAACCUGGUGAGAAAUGCUGGAUCUGCUCACUACCCUUGCUGAGUCGUCAAUUCUUCGUCUUUCCAUGCCAGCACGCUUUCCAUAGCGACUGCUUAGGCAAGGAGGUUCUGGAAGGCGCUGGAGGAAAGAAGAAAUAUAUUCGAGAUUUGCAGGCACAGCUCAGCAAGGGCGAUAUCUCUACGUCGCGGAGGGAAGAGAUUGUCAAAGAACUAGACGGACUUGUUGCCGAAGCUUGGUAA